GAUGCCAGAGCCGCGACUAUCUAGUCCGUUCUGUCACUGGCUGCUGCUGACACGUGUUGCUCUGUUGGUGAAGUCAUACAUUAUGGCCGCACUGAUGAAAGACAGUGGAGCAUUAGUUCGUAAAUCGGGCAUGGUUCCAAAAACUAGUGAAUGAAUUCUUGUGUUCAUUCGACAUUGAAUGUUUAGAAAGUAGUGUAGCUGGCGAGUAUAUCCACGGAGAUGCGGGAUGUGAAGGUCCCACUCGAGAGGUCCUUGAAGCCAUGCGCGUCCGCCGACUCUGAAUGAGCCCGAUGUGAACUGAACACUUUCCCAUGAAAAUGUCUGACAUGCAUUCGAAGAAGCGCCACGAUGGCUACAACCCAUUCGACGCGGACGAGAUGGGCAGCUCCCUCGGCUCCUCGGGGGUGAGCGAGGAGGCCGACAACGGCGUCAUGGCCUUCCUGAGGAGGUUCUGCGGAUGCCUGUGCCCUCGGCCGGAGCACCCUCUCCUCUCCAGCAGUGUCACCCACAGGAAAAUCUCACGAGUUGCUUCCACCGACUCCCUGGCCAAGGAGGGCAUAGGCAUCUUAGAGAGGCCUCCAACCUCACGCCCGACACCUCAGGAGCAGCUCGCCCAGGCCCGCGCCCAGCAUCGCCUCUACUCCGCCCUCACGCCCACUGCCUUUGCUCAGGCGCCGUAUCGGGAAUCUGACUCGCAGAAACCGUCAUGGCCGGCGCUGCCCCCCGUCGCUCCUCCGAGGAAGACCCACGCUCCUCAGGCGGCCUCCAGCCCCGCCUCCAGGCCCUUGCCCGACGCCCUCGCCUUCCACGCCCAUCCCAACUCGCUCACGUCCAACGCACUCAUCUCCCGCUCCACCCUCUCCCUCGACACGGACUGCCAGCUCGCCACGCCCCCCGUGCUGACGCCGAUGGGCAGCCCCAGGCUGGAGAGGGCGUCGUCGCUGCAGGGCGUGGCCAACGUGUCCGCGUCCAACUACUCCACGCCCACGGGAGAGUCGCCGGCCACGACGCCCACGACGCCGCGGACGAAGAUGGCCAACUGGUCGGCCGUGAUUUCGGGGCUCAACCACCUGAUGAAGAGCAAGGCCGACCACCCGCCGCCCUUCAGCCAGCCAGACGAGGAGCGCAAGAGCAGCGACGACGAGGCCGAGGACAUGCCCGAGCCGGCGUGCGUGAGGCCGGCCGCGGGGGGCGUCGCCGACCCUGCCAAGGAGUGCUACGGCGCCGUCACGCUCAAGGUCCUCAGCCGGCAGGGGAGAUGGGUUCGUGUGCUUGUGUGCGGCUUGUCUGGCCUCCCCUGGGUGGGCGGAUCGGGCGGCCUCAUGCUAGAGGUCAACAUAGAACCCGGAGGGCGCCCGCGUUGGCUGGUGCUGCCUCACGCCCAUGGUCCCAACGUCAAUGUCAAACUAGAGGCAGUCGUCAAACAGCCCAGGGAGAUCAAGACCAAGAAGAAAUUCCUAGUCAAGGUGGGCGUGUGGGUGUGCGGGCGUGUGUGGCGUCACGCGGCUUUGGGUCACGCCCUCACGCCCCUCAGGGAGCCCGGCAACCCUGUCACCGCCCAGCUGCUUCAUCACACGCAGCUGACGGAGGACCUCGGCUUGGUUGAAGUGAGUCUGAGGUGCGACUACUCGGACAACCUCAUGAAGCAGGUCGUGGGCACGUCCAUGGCCGAAGUCAUCCUCACCCUCGAAGUCCUCAGAGCUAAGAACCUGCGACCUUUCAACCCGGGAUUGCUGUCCAAGGCUAAGCACUCCAAAAAGAAGGAGCACGCGGAGGUGGUGUGUCGGGUUGGGUUGUGGGUGAAGGGCGAGAGGGUCGAGAGAAAGUCGUCCACGUCAGUCAAACUCCCAGUCACUCACGAUCCAGUCAUUCGUAACCGUUCUGUGUUCAACAUUCCUCGGGAUCAUCUUCAGAACGCUGCUCUCAUCGUCAAGGUCCUGUACACUUCGAAGUGGGCGGGCGAGGACACGGUGGGUCGCGUGAAGCUAGGUCCUCUCCUGUACCUGGGGACGUCGCCCGACCAAGCGUCCGUCAACCCUCAGCCGGACUAUAACACGUCUAUCACGCUCUCCCACUGGGGCCAGGCUCUUAAAACUCCUGGGCCAGUGACCAUGUGGCACCACUUGCAGUUGUGAUCCGUUUAUACAAGUGGGGGCAGUUGUAGCAUUAUCGGAGUAUCAAGUUGUUAGGGGCAAAUUAUGUGGUAGUCUGGGGCGCUGAAAUCUCAAGACCCAAAGAAAUUGCAGUUGCAGUUAUUAUAGCAGUCAGAGAACAUAUCACAGAGGCUGCCUUCCGUAUAUCAGUUGGCAUGUUGCAGUCCUUCGAGUAAUCUGGUGUAAUUGUUUUACCAUAUCUUAUUACUAGGGCAUGUAUGUAUCUUGCUUUAAGUAAGUUUCAUAUCUAUUUAUACCGUUACUGAUGUGUCAAAGAUCCCGUUUAGAACAAAUAUUUAGCUUUAACUUGAGUGAAAGAAUAUUAGUUGUAAGAAUUGGAAUACUAUAUAAAUUGAUGAGUGUCUUACUGAAUAUUAUAUUAUCUCAGGUUAUGGUUGUUAUAACCUAUCAUGUUAUAUUUUGAAUAUAUAUAUUUUGACUUCUCA